AUGCCAAAUAUCUGCAAAAGUGAUAUUGCCUCAGCCCACAAGUAUCUUGAGAAUUUUUGCAAAGAGUGUGAAACAUUGUACAGCUUGGAUUUAAUCUCUCCAAACAUGCACCUACAUCUCCACCUGCAAGCCACCAUUCAUAACUUUGGAACUGUAUAUGGUUACUGGUUGUUCAGUUUUGAACAAUACAACAGUAUCCUGAAAAACAUAAAGAUCAACAGGAAAACUGGAUUUGAGCUGAUGUAUACAAGUCAAUUCAUUGAGAAUAUAUCUUUCAAAAAAAUCACAAAACAUCAACAAAAAACAGCAUCAACAAUAACCCCAUACUCUCAAUUCUCUUUUUCACUUGCCAACUUUUUCACUGCUACGCUGGACAUAUCGAUAUCAAUUAAAGGCAACGAACCUCUCCCACCAACUGCAUUUCCUUUGGCAAAGAAACCAUUGUCACUGAUGCCAAUGCCUGAAUGCAACUGCCUUGUUGACUACUAUCAGGUUGCAUACAACAAUGGGAUGAUCUCCAGUUGCAAGAAUGGCAUGCCAAGUUUGUCAUUUGUAAAUGAGCGUACUGAGAUAUUGAAGUCUAUUAACAUACUAGGGCAAGUUUAUAAGGGAUAUAAUGUCAAUGGACGUGGUUUCUACAUCCAAGCUUUGUUUGAAGAAAAUCACACAAAUGCCUAUUAUAGUUACGUUGAGGAGAUUCACUACAUUUUUGUAUACUCAUUCACACCCACAAACUCUCCCACAGCACCCAGUAACCACAACCAUGAACAUAUCUUUGCCUUUGUUAGAUGGUUCAAAACAAUAUCAGACAUGCGCAGACAACCCAAAGGUAUUGAAAUUUAUUAUGCCAACUUCUAUAAAUUGGAUUUCUAA